AUGAGAUAUUGGUUUAGCUACUUACCGUUGUACUUCGGAGCAAACUUUGCGACAUCAGGCAGCACGUUCUUGCCUGAAGUGCGACGUGGACUGAUGCCCUUUCAGGCUGAAAUGGUUUAUAUACUCGUUGGCUCCUCGGAUCCUAUGGGCGGCGCCAACCAGCGCAUGGCUCCUCUGGCUCCGCCCAUUUUUAUAAAAUCAUGUGACGUCAUCGAUGACGUCUAG